AUGAUGUCCGAUAAUGAGACUAACUUCCGUGGUGAAAGUAGAGUGUUAAAAGAUGAAGUGGAGCGUAUAUCGACCAGGGAUGUGGAGACCAAAUACCCAGAAAUGGAGUUCAUGUUCAUUCCGCCAGGUUCACCGCACAUGGGCGGUGCAUGGGAAAGAUUGGUACGCUCAACAAAGUCCAUUCUAACGGAAAUCUUGCCGCCUGGUGGAUUGCGAGAAGAAGUGCUUCGUGCUGCGUUGGCUGAUGUGGAGGGUAUUCUCAAGUCACGCCCACUCACAUAUGUACCACUGGAAUCGGCAGACUCAGAAGCGCUUACACCGAACCAUUUUCUGUUGGGCCACUCGAGUGGAAUUCGUGAACGAGACAGCGAAAUUCAAAACGGUGACAAGCUUGCCAAAGGAUUCAGAAUUUCGAGCCAGUUAGCCGAUCAGAUCUGGAAAAGAUGGAUUCGAGAAUAUCUACCAACGCUUACGCGUCGUACCAAAUGGUUCCAACCGCCGCCAGAUUCAAUCGCCGUGAAUGACAUUGUUGUUAUCGUAGAUGAGAAUGGCAAACGAAACAGCUGGCCCAAAGGAGUUGUGGUAGAUGUUCACCGAUCGAGAGACGGUCAGGUACGGAGUGCCGUAGUGCGCACUCCAGAAGGUAUUGUGACUCGCCCCGCCGUAAAGCUAGCCAAAUUAGAUUUGAAAAUUGGUAAUACACAACGCGAAUGCUAGUGAAUUACGGGGUGGGGAAUGUUGGCGGGCGAACUAAAUUUUCUACUGGGGCUUUGCCAGCGCAUUUCCUACUGGGCAUUUGUAAUCGGUGAUUCUCUUUUGCGCAUUGGAAUUUCACCGUUACGUUCGCUAGAAGUAGCAAUGCAGCUGCAAAUUUCGGCAGCGUGAUUUACUUUGAAUUUGUAUUUGAGCCCAAGCAGAGGCAAAUAAUUGUUAACAAUAAAAUAGGGAUUUGAAGGUGUGCGCAGAGCACGAAUAAGGCAAAACGAGUUGACGGCUAUUAUGCAGCUCUGAAUGACAGUUGAAUCUAAGAGCUAAUAUGAAUGUAUAUGUUUACUAGUGUGUAUUUGUCGAAAUUUUUAGGGUGGGAUUUAUCUGUUUGUUUUAAGAAAUAAAGCAAAGCGACUGGAAAGCGAGGAUCACACCCAACGAGACAAUUGAGUUAAAGAGAGCAAUUGAUUGAAUUAAUAUCCAAACAAUGCAGAUAAAUUGAAGUGCGCUCCAGUGGGACAUGAGUUGAUGCAAUAGCAAAACUGUUGCAAAACUGCAAGGCUGAUGUGUGCUUCAAUAAACAUUACUUAAUCAAAUACGUCCUACAGCUUUCAAGGAAAGACUACAGGCUAACUCUCGGCAUUUUAACUAGCCGAUUUGGCGGCUAACCAUGAUAUAAAGCUGGGCAUUAAGAGCAGUGAUCAGUGCAGGAAAUGUAACGAGUUAAGGAAACACUUGACAAUCUCAUAUCUGGAUGUCCAUCGUUAUGCCGGCUCCGGAUGAAAUACCACGACUCGCCGUGCCUUAAUGAUCUUUGUGACGUUUCACGGCUAACACCUAGGAUGCUGCCGGCUUUUGCUAAAAUCCAUCAAUACUGUACGACUUCUGAGAAGAAGAUACGUCAUAUCGGCACAAAUACGGACCACUGGUCUAUGCUCUGCCCCUAGUAGGUGCAGACGGUCCUACCAAUCUACCUACCUGUGUACUAUUAAUAGUUACA